AUGGUUGACCCAAGAGAAACACAAAUUGAAGCUUUCUUUGCUGCAUGGAACCACGAUGGGAAAAAAGUUCAUGAAGAAAUAGUUGCAGCAACAGAGAAUUUUGAUUCCAAAUAUUGCAUUGGAGUUAGAGGGAAUGGUAGUGUGUAUAAAACACUACUAUCAACUGGUCAACUUGUUGCUGUGAAAAGGUUCCAUGAGAAUGAUGGAAUAGACCAUCAACAAGCUUUCAAAAGUGAGACAAGUAUUUUGCCAAAAGUGCGCCAUCGCAAUAUCAUCAAGCUUUUUGGAUUUUGUUCACAUACAAGAUACUCAUUUUUGGUGUAUGAGUUCGUGGAACUGGGAAGUUUGGUAAAGAUAUUGAGCGACAAUUUAAAGGCAAUGGAGUUGGAAUGGUUCAAAAGAGUGAAUACUGUCAAAGGUUUGGCAAACGCGAUAUCCUAUCUGCACCAUGAAUGUUUUCCAGAUAUAGUCCACAGAGACAUAUCUAGUAAGAAUGUUCUGUUGGAUGAUGAAUGUGAAGCUCACAUUUCUGACUUUGGUUCUGCAACAACUUUAGAUCCAGACUCAUCAAAUUGGACUCCAUUUGCAGGAACCUCAGUAAAGGAGAAGAUUGAUGUCUACAGCUUCGGAGUGUUUGCAUUAGAAUCUAUCAUGGGAGAGCAUCCUGGAGACCUCAUAUCAUCCCUGUUAUCAUCACCAUUACAUGCUGUUGAUGUUCUGCUAAAGGAUGUACUUGACCAACGUCUCUCACCUCCAAAGGGGCAAAUAGCAGACCAAGUGGUCUCCAUUGCAGAAAUAGCAUUUGCAUGCGUGCAACAAAGUCCACAGUCACAACCAACUAUGAAGCAAGUCUCUCAGAAGCUGUCGACUCCAUUACAAUCAUUAUCAGUGCCUUUCCAUAUGGUUACAAUAAAGCAGCUGUUUGGUUCCCCAACAUGGACAUCCUAA